GCCAGCCCGGCGCGGUGGCGGUGCGGCGGCGCAGCGCUCCCGGCCCCGGUUACCGGCGGCGGCGGCCCCGGUGCGGCCAUGGCCAAGCAGUACGACGUGUUGUUCCGGCUGCUGCUGCUGGGAGACUCGGGCGUGGGCAAGACCUGCCUGCUCUGCCGCUUCACCGACAACCAGUUCCACCCCGCGCACAUCUCCACCAUCGGCGUUGACUUCAAGAUGAAAACCAUCGAGGUGGACGGCAUCAAGGUGCGGAUCCAGAUCUGGGACACGGCAGGGCAGGAGCGGUACCAGACCAUCACCAAGCAGUACUACCGGCGGGCACAGGGCAUCUUCCGGUACGACAUCAGCAGCGAGCGCUCCUACCAGCACAUUGUGAAGUGGGCCAGCGACGUGGAUGAGUACGCCCCCGAUGGUGUCCAGAAGAUCCUCAUUGGGAACAAGGCGGACGAGGAGCACAAGAGGCAAGUGGCCAAAGAGCAAGGGCUGCAGCUGGCCAGGGAGUAUGGGAUGGAUUUCUAUGAGACCAGCGCCUGCAGCAACCUCAACAUCAAGGAGUCCUUCACACGGCUGACGGAGCUGGUGCUGCAGGCGCACCGCAAGGAGCUGGAGGGGCUGCGGGCCCCCCCCCGCACCCCCCCCUUGGCCCGCUUGGAGGAGGCCGAGCAGCAGCCCCUGUGCAGCGAGGACACCCAAACCUGCUGGUGUUGA